GUCGUGAUGAAAAUUACACUCCUAAACGGUCAUUUACUAGGCUAAUAUCGGUACACAAGUUAAUUGCCUAUUAUAGAAAAGACAAAUUGUUUACUUAAAAUUGUAUCUGAAAAUAAUUUCCUGUGAAGGAAUAUAAAUUAUUAACGCCCAGUAACAAAUUCAUGGUCGGCUGCUCUUUGUGAUCCGAUUUUGAUAAAAUUUUAUUUUCACUAACCGGUUUCAUACCAGCAGAGAAAUGUAUGUGUGGCUAUUUAUGAAGAUAUGCGUAGUUUAAAAAUAUUAUUGUUCAAAUUAGUUCUUGUUGAUUAUAAAUGACUGAAAAAUGUUACCACAAUUAUAUAAGAUGGCGAAUUACACUCAAUGUGCUGAAAAUCCUAGCAAUUAUUAUUGUUCAGCACAAGCUAGACUGAUCAUACCAUCUACAAAUUUGAAUACCAUAAAUCUUAUAAAGAACUUCAGUUUAGAUAAAACUAAAUUUGACCGAGAAUUUAUAUACAGAACUCAAUGUAUACCUAAAGAAUUUAUACAAGAUGACUCUGAACUCUAUUACUAUGCGUCUAAUCUAGUUAAUCAAGAAAUGGAGUUCUUUCAAUUAAGUGCCAAAGUUGAAGAUGUGACCUGUAACAAAAUAGGAUUGGAAAUAAAUACCUUUGAUAUCAUUUGCUUGGUUGUGGUGGUUUUUUACAAUAUAUUGUUAAUGUUCGCCACGUAUAAAGAAAAAAGCUAUGAGAAGGAAAAAGGUUUAAAAUAUGCAAUUUCAAGAUUGUCGUUGUUCCACACCUGGAAAUUAAGAUCCAAACCACCUAAUACCACAGAUUUCAAAAACCUAAUAAACAUGAAUGGUACUCGCGUAUUCGGAAUGUUAAUAAUAAUUUUACUUCAUAUUGGAGUAGCGAGUAACACAAGCUUUAUAUCUGAUCCUGAAGUGUACGAAAAAGUGUACUAUACGCUUGUGGAUAGUAUCUUAGGUUGUUUACCAGUGCUGAUUGUUUUGUAUUUUUUUCUUAUAUCCUCUUGGCUACUCACGAUUCAAGUACAUAACAUAUAUGCAAGAGGUCAACUGUCAUUGAAGAAUGUUGGAAUACUGAUACUAAACCGAUAUUUCAGGUUAAACUUGGUAAUUAUUGUAUUAAUGAUCAUAAGCAGAUCUUCGUGGGUAACAAUGAUACCAGGUCCAGCAAAUUUUUAUACAGUUAUGGCUAACCAAAAAGCAUGCAGUGAAAACUGGCUCCCUUCAAUAUUUUUUAUUACCAAUAUUUAUCGGGGAGUACAUAUAUGCAAUCCUGUUACAUGGCACGUCUCUGCGGACUUUCAGCUUUAUGUUAUAAAUUUAUUUUUACUGUACAUCAAGUUCAAAUUCAAGUUUAAUAAUAUUAAGUUUUUGGCCACGAUAUUGACAUGUUCCAUUAUUUUGCAUGGCAUAACUUUACGAAUAUUCGAUAAUGGUCCUCUUUACCUAGCAGAACUGAGGUAUAUUGAAGUCAGAUCUAUAUACCAGUCAUUACCAUACGUAGUCGCAUACAUGUCAACUUAUACGUUAUGGUCCUCAAGUUUAAUUGGAGUAAUAUUUGGAAUAAUUUAUAUUAAAACGAAAAACUUUACUAUAAAACCAAAUGCGGUGCUAAACACAAUAUGGUGUAGUACAUCUUUUGGACUCAUUUAUUUGGCUAUCAAGAUGGGCGCCAUAAAAAUUAAUGGAAUUAAAGCAUCUUUACUUGGAUGUCUAAUUAGGCCUAUAUUUUCCUUAGGAUGUGCUUUAGGUGUUUAUGGUAUGUCACAUAACCUUGGAGGUCCAAUUAAGAAUCUUAUGGAAUCGAAAGUAUUUAUCAUUCUCAGUAACUGCGUCUAUUGCGUAUAUUUAAUUCACAUGCCAACUAUGCUACUGAUUAAUAGAUUUAGUAUGGAGCCCAUAAAUUUCGACUAUUGGAAAGUGAUUCAGGACUAUAUAGUAAGCGUCAUAUUAAGUUUUUUAAUUGGUAUUUAUUUUACGCUUGCCAUUGAGGAGCCAGGAAAUAUGAUUCAAAAGAAAAUUUUGCCACAAAUUACCAAAUGGGAGAAGAUAUCCAAAACCGAAUAAUGAAUUAUUAUAUUAUUUUUUUAUAUUUGUACAAUUGUAAAAAUAAUAUUACAUAACGCUUA